AGCACAUACAACAGUGCAACUUCGAGAUUUCAAAGAGACUCUAGGUGCUUUAUCUUCGCCCCUCUGUUCUAGUUAUUGCCUCCAAACAGGACGACCUCGAGUUUCGGAAUGACCAUCUUCGCGCCGCUGCCCGUGCCCCGCCCAACGAUCCGCAUCGAAAAUCCGUGAAGCCAACUGCCAAAGCAUGCGUUUUGUUUACAUACCAUCACACGGGCUGCUCUGCAAACACCCGCCCACCUUCUAACCGGAACAAGGCAGGAUGGCCAACCCCCACGGCCUCGAGGCGCCGUCUCUAGGCCCCUCGGUGCCCUCCUCUCCGGUGGACGCCCGAUCGCGCCGGGACUCGGCAGCAUCGCUUUCAGUAGCCUCCCAUGCCGAUAGGGAACAUUAUGCUCUCGCACUCGACAAGAUCCACACGUCGGCCAGCCAGUCCAACGUCCUGACCACCUUCAACGACUUUGCUCCGCCCCCGGACUCGCUUCCUUCCUCCGAACCGAAGUCUACCACGAGCGACAUGGUUCAACAGGGACUGAGCGGGCUGUACACACGCUUCAAAGAGGCCGUCGGCGCGGUGGGCAAGGCUUCGGCUCAGGAGGUAGACGAUGCCAACAGCCAAGAUGGUGCCUCGUCGCGAAAGAGUGUUGGUGCGGCCGGCGAGAGCGCCAAGACAUCACCGCUCCCGAGGGGCGAGAGCGGCGCUACGGCCUCGACCCACGAGUCUGCUGCCAUAUCGGAAAUCCAGACAUCGGGCUUGUCCUCCUCCGGGGUCCCCACCUCCGAGUCGCAAACGACUGCACCGCAAUCCUCCUCAAAAGCCUCUUCGAUCACAACCCCAUCCACUUCCAAGACCCCCUCUCUCCAAAACAUGCCAAAGAUGGCAAAGGCGGGGGCGCCGACGGCGGUCAACGCCGCUGUCGACCCCGUCACUGCUCAAGGUGUUAUGGAGAUGGAUGCUUCCGCGGGCCGGGCGGCCCGUGUGGAAGACCAGUUGCCCAACCGAGCCGGGGGCCGUAUGAGCAUAAGCAGACCGGCCGAUACGCCGCCGAUUCCUAGCCCUUCCGGAAAUGCAAGCCUAGACAGCGUAGCCACCGUGGACCGUAUGGCCAUGCCGAGUAACCGUUCGAGGAGGGACGAUGUCGUCAGCAUGGACGGCAGUAUCGACGCACCGCGGAGCCCUUCCCAGCCCGCUGCUGAAGGGCGCGCUUCUUCCUCCUCAUCUUCCCGCCCUACUCCUUCCGCAGAGACCAUGAGAAGGCCGGCGGUGAUCGACCGGAUCGCUUCCUCCAGAGGUAGAAGCCAUUCAAGGUCGUCGUCCCUGGGGCCAGGUGCCGCCGCGAGCCCCGUCAGUACCUCGGCCCACAGUUCCGUGUACCAUGAUUCCUUUACCCACAACGAACGACCCCAAAGGUUACAGUCGGGCAUCCUGAGGAUCCCCGGCACGACCACCAACGAAGGCUCCCCGGAAGUCGUCAACGCGAGGCUAGAACGGAUGCGGAAGCAGGUGCUGAGCAAGGAGUUCUGGAUGGCCGACGAGACCUGCAAGGAGUGCUUCCUCUGCGGUACCCCGUUUACGGCUUUCCGGCGUAAACAUCACUGCCGCACAUGCGGCUGCAUCUUCGACUCGAAAUGCACGUCCAGUAUUUCCGGCCAAAAGUUCGGCGUCCAGGGAAAUCUCCGGGUCUGUAAAACCUGCCUCAGCGUCAUCAACCGACGGUACGACAGCGGGUCCGACGAUUCGGCUGAUGAGUCCUAUCUCCCUGCAAUCUUGCGCGCCAGCCACCAGGCAAAGGCCGCCUCACCUGUGACGGCCAGGCUGCGGACCGACGACGAGGCGAGCAGCAUAUCGGAGCGUACCGAGCAGGCCGAGGACCCGAGGGACGCGACCACGCCAAUGAUGGCGAUCCCGGCAACCCGGCGAAUGGGGGAAAACAACCGGCAUUCCGCCGUCUUGGAGAUCGACAUGCCGCAACUCAGCAGACCCGGUUCGUCGCGGUCCUUGAAGUCUUUGUCCGCCACCCGCCCGCAGUCCUCCGGUCACCGCAGGCACCAUUCCAAACACAACAUCCUCAGCAGGCUCAAGGCACCGCCAGAGGAGAGAGCCCCCUUCCGCACGCCGGCCAGCGAGGACUUGGCCAAGAAGAAGCCCAACGUCAAUGCCUUUCAUGCCGACAACAUCAUCGACCCAGAGCUGGCAGACUAUAUGUCCGACGAAUCAAGCGAAGAUGAGCAAAUGAGCAGCAUCUUCGCCACCAUGGAGGGCGGCGAUUUCCAGUCUCCGAGCCUCGAUCCCGGGCGGGCGAGCUUUGGUACCUACCUGAGCGCGGGGCGAAAACACCGAUUUCGCACGGGCGAGAAGAGCAUAAGCGGGCCGAGCCACGCAGGCCGCGGGUAUGAGGAGGCGAACGGCCUGCAAAACCUGUCCAUCCACACGCGGCCGCCACGGCGGAGGAAUCUCAGCACCGCAAGCGCAAGCAUCCAUCACUUGCGCUCCCCGUGGCCAAAGUCUGCCGUCCUCAAGGGCCCCUCCGCCUCGGCCGACACACUGUCCAUCUUUGAGAGCGUCGUCGAUACUCCUGCGCUGAAACGAAGAAACUCCAUACGUGACGGGAAGCCGGCCGAAGAAGGCCUGAGUCCCGCGAGCUUGCAACACGCCAAGAAGCUGUUCCGGCAGCUGCUCCAGGAUGCCGAGAUUCCGAACCCGGCGAGCUGGGAGAAGGCCCUGAUUCCCAUCCUCGACAAGUGUGCCGAAGACGUCGACCCGGACAUCCGCAACGGCGAUGACAUGGACAUCCGGCACUGGGUGAAGCUGAAGCGGAUCCCGGGUGGCAAGCCGAGCGAUACGGCCUACGUGCACGGGGUUGUCUUCACAAAGAACCUUGCGCUCAAAAGUAUGCCGCGCAAGAUACGCAACCCAAGGAUCGUCAUCAUCACGUUUCCCUUAGAAUACCAGCGCCACCCGGAGCAGCAUUUUAUGAGCUUGCAGCCGGUCAUCGAACAGGAGAAGGAGUACCUGAGGAUGGUUGUCAACCGGAUCCUCAACCUGGAACCCCACGUGCUCCUGGUCGCGAGGAGCGUGGCGGGGCUUGCGCUCCAAUAUCUCUCCGAAGCGAACGUUGCCGUUGCGUACAACGUCAAGCCGUCCGUCCUCGAAGCCGUGGCACGCAUCGUGAACAUGCCGGUAAUCUCGUCCAUGGACAUGCUCACCCUCGGUGCCCGGGUGGGCGUUUGCGAGAAUUUCGAGGUCAAGACGUUCGUGAACAACGAGAUCAGAGGGAGGAAGAAAACCUACAUCUUCAUAUCCGGCUGCCCAAAAGACCGUGGCUGCACCAUCGCGCUCCGUGGCGCCUCAUCCGAGGUGCUUGCCCGGAUGAAGCGCAUCACCGAGUUCAUGGUCUACGUCAUUUACAACCUGAAGUUGGAGUCCUGCCUCAUGCGCGAUGAAUUCGUGCAGGUCCCGUCAGAGGCUUCCCCCGCUGCGCGGCCGGCCUCGCCCUCAGAGCAGAGCCGUGACAGCCUUCCACCUCCCCCCGGCGAGGAGACCCCGGAUCCCUCCAGCGAUCGUCCUGCCGCUGUGGUCACUCGGCAGAGUACGGAGAACGGUGACACCCUACGAGACGCGGGAGGAACGACUGCGGCCGCUGCUGAGUCGGAGCUAUCUAGCGCCGAGAACGCGCCUCAGCGCGCUACUGAGCCGGCCCAGCGACCGAUAUCAAUGCAUGACUUACAUUCACACGAGCAAGUGCCCGACAACCUCCCCAUGCCCUCGUUCCACAGCGAAAUGGUGGAGAAGUAUGAGACGAGGAUCUUGUCCACAUCGCCGUUUGUCAAGUUUAGGGAACCGUAUCUGCUCAUGAAGGCACGAGAGCAAGAGCGGCGCGCAACCUAUCUGAAACGGCUCCUGGAGCAGGAGGAGACGGAGGCAACCGACGGAGACGAGAAACAGAAUCCGGAACCUUUCCAGCUCGUCCAGCCGGAGAUGGUACGCGGCGUAGAACAGAGAGCUCCCAAGAAGGUCAUGGAAGUACUCCAUGCCGUCCACGAUGCCGAAUACGACAGGGCGAUGCACAGCUUUCGGACCCAAGCGAAGCAGUGGGAGGCGUACGUCCACGCAAGUGCCGAUCUUUUCGACCCGUACUCUCACCAGAACAUCGUCGUCCUCUAUUCGGUCACCUGCACGGCGACCAAGAUCCCGUGCUCGGAGCCCAGUCUCGUGGCUAUCGAGUUUUACAACGAGCACCCGGACCCGAAAUCGGGCCUGGACCAAGACUGUACUCUAGGUCAGUAUAUCGAGGAUAUUUGCGAGUGUGCCGACUUCAUCUGCUACUCCAACGGCUGUGACCGAAAGAUGCACGAGCAUCAUCGUACCUACGUGCAUGACAACGCCCGCCUCACCAUCAUUCUGAAAACGUCUCCGGCGUGGCCCGAGAACUUCCCCGAGAAGCCCCAAGUGAGAGAUGAGGACGAGGACGAGACCGGCAUCUGCAUGUGGAAUUACUGCAAGCUCUGCGACAAGCAUUUCGGCCUGAUGCCCAUGUCUGUGAGCACCUGGAAGUACUCCUUUGGCAAGUAUCUCGAGCUCUCGUUUUGGAACAGAGGGCUGCAGCCGCACCCUCAGAGCGGGUGUCCGCAUGACCACCAGAAGGAUCACAUACGCUACUUCUACUAUCUGUAUCGCGACAUCGCAGUGAAGGUGCACUACGACCCCAUCGACCUGUACGAGAUCAUUGUGCCGCGGACAAAGAUCACGUGGAAGGUGGACUACGAUCUCAGAGUCAAGAACGACGUGUUCCUCCGGGCCGAGGACCGCUGGAACCGUUUCAUGAACUCGGUAAUGGCGAGGCUCAAGAGCAUCCGGAUCGACAGCGUGCUGCCGGAGAAGGCGGAAGCCUGCAAGGCCGAAGUGGAGAGGCUCAGCAAGAAGGCGCAAGAGGACCAAGCAGAGCUGAUCCGCGCCCUGCAGGAUGCGUACAUGAACUCCAAAUACUACGAAGUCAUCCCGUUCAACACGGUCAUCCGCGCGAUGCUCGAGAAGGUGACGGACUGGGAUGCCGCGUUUGCCAAGUUCGAGGCCGACUUCCUCUCCGACAAGGACGUGCGUCAGUUGACUAUCAUUCAACUGAAGAAGAUAUUUACGGACCACGAAACCAAGGAGAGCCUGCCGAGCACGGAAGGAACACCGUCGCUCGCAUCCGAGAACGAGGAAAAGACGACUCCUGCGACUUCCCCGCCCGGCUCUUCCGAAGUCGAGGAGAGGCCGUCUCAGCCUUCGGACGGCGACGCAAGUCCACCACAGGAGACCCCUCUGUCUCCCGCUGCGGAGCCUGUUCCCGCACAAAAAGAAGGCGUCGCGGUCGAAACUGAAGUGCUUCUGGAGCGAGUCGAACCUCUGGAUCUCGCAGCUCCGAACCCGUCGGCCGUGACCAAUCUACUCUUCCCAGCUGCGGAGGCUGCGGCGGAAGCGCCCGAGCCGCCCAGCGACCACCCCUCCUCCUCUACUAGUUCGGCAACCGUAUCUGCUUCCGCCACCUCUUCGCCCGCGCAAGCUAGCGCACCGCCGCCUCCACCGACAGGUCACAUGUCAUUGUCGGAAAAGGUCGAGCAGCUGCGCCGAGAGCAGCAGCGAGCAUUGGCAAACGAUACCAGGGGCUCGGCCGCCGGUGUCGAAAAUGCAGCUAGCACCCCCAAGCCUGCAGCGGAGCGCGCCGUUCCUAGGCGGUCGGGCGCGGCUGUGUCGCCUCCCAUUGUUCGUGCGAUCUCUCAUCCGCCGGGUUCGUUGCCGAGGACUCAGUCCGCCAUUGGCAAACUGCUGAGAGAACAAAAGGCCCAGGAUGUGGGCUCGGAAACGCAGAAAGCACCAGGCGAGGUUGGGCCGAAGGGAGACAAGAAGUUUGCCGACCGCAUCGGCCUGGGGGCGCUCAAGAGCCACCGUAAGGCGGGGCCGUCCGGAAUCCCGCGGUAUGUGCACAAGAGAGAGUCCAAAGUCUCGACGUUGGCGCGUCAUUUCGAGCAGCUGAGCCGGGAGUUUGAAAAGGAGAGGCUGAAGGAUCGCAAGCAACGCGCCGCCAAGAUGCACCACACCCGAGCAUUCCUGCCGCGGUCGUCAACCAGGACCAUAGUAGAAGUCUACAAAGACGUGGACCAGGCGGUGCAGGAGCCGGCGCCGGAGGACGAUCAGCUUCUCGACAAGGAACGGGGCGACAAGCCGGCAGAACAAAGCUCAACGAUCGCGGCGGAGGCUACGCUCCCCGAGUCGCAGCGGAGCAAGCCUCCCGAAACAGAGCGUAGCGUGCCCCAGGAACGCAUUUCUUCGGAGCCGACAUCACAGCAGGAUGAGACCGUCGCGCAGACGGAAGCGGAGGAGGGUCGUCAAGAGGGCCGGGCCGGCUUUGAGGACGAGGGCGCGGAAAGCGACGGGGACAAUCCUGCCAUCACCCUCGACGACAUCUUGCCGAAUGUCAAGGAGUUUGCCGACACGUUGGAACGGAGCGAAGAGAUAGCGGAGGAGCUCCCGAAAUACCAGAAGAAGAGUCUCAUGACGAUGCUGACCAACUUCUGGGCGGAGCGAUCGGCCAGCGGCUGGCCGCAGUUGGAGUAUCCCAUCAACGCGACGGAUCACAUCUUCUUCGACUCGGACGUGAUCAUCCGGGAGGACGAGCCGAGCUCUCUGGUGGCGUUUGCGCUCAAUUCGGAGGACUACCGGUCAAAGCUGGCGGAAAUCCGGCAGAAGUGGGACACGCCGGACGAGCCGGAGGCGGGCGAGAGCAGCAGCGAUGGUCUGGCGAUGAAAGGGCCCCAGACGUCCGGACCGGAUAGCGCGAAGGCCGGCAACAAGGCCAGCAGGUCGGACGCGGAGCUGGAGAGGAGCCUGCUCCGGAAGACGGGGAUGCACGUCAAGUACCAGUUCACGGACGGGUCGGCGAGGAUGACGUGCCAGAUCUUCUACGCCGAGCAGUUUGACGCGCUCCGGCGUAAGUGCGGCGUGGCGGACCGGUUCGUCGAGUCUCUGUCGCGGUGCCUGAAGUGGGACUCCAAGGGGGGCAAGACCAAGUCGGUCUUUCUCAAGACGCUGGACGAGCGGUUCGUGCUCAAGUCCCUCUCGCCGAGCGAGACGUCUUCGUUCCUGCGGUGCGCUCCUAACUACUUCACCAUCAUGAAGGAGGCGCUGUUCCACGACCUCCCCUCGGUCAUCGCCAAGAUGUUUGGCUUCUUCCGGGUCUUCAUCAAGAACCCGCUCACCAACACGGAGAUCAAGCUGGACCUGCUGGUCAUGGAGAAUCUGUUUUACGACCGGUUCCCCAGCCGGACGUUCGACCUCAAGGGGUCGAUGCGCAACCGCAAGAUCCAGUCGACGGGCGAGCAGAACGAGGUGCUGCUGGACGAGAACAUGGUCGAGUACAUCUACGAGUCGCCGCUGUUCUCGCGGGAGCACUCCAAGCGGCUGCUGCGGGCGUCCGUGUUCAACGACACGCUGUUCCUGGCCAAGCAGGACGUGAUGGACUACUCGCUCAUGGUCGCCGUCGACGAGGUCAAGAAGGAGAUCGCCGUGGGCAUCAUCGACUGCAUCCGGACGUACACGUGGGACAAGCAGCUCGAGAGCUGGAUCAAGAACCGCGGGUUUGCGGGCGGCGGGCGCAACCGGCCGACGGUGACGAGCCCGAAGGAGUACAAGAGUCGGUUCCGGGAAGCGAUGGCGAGGUAGGCCAUCUUUUUCUCUUUUUCUCUUCUUCUUCUUCUUAGGCUUCUUCUGCUGCUGCUGCUGCUGCUGCUUCGGAACUCAGCUAACGCGAUGAUCUGUGAU